GUUUCAAACUUGAUGCAAAUGGACAACUUUGGUGGCGACCCAUGAUUUCGUGCUCCGUUAUUUACUGAUUUUCACGUGGAUUUCCUCUCCCGAUGGGUAUUAUACCGUUUUCCUCGUUGGAUAUUGCUCCAUGGAUGCCUAUGGCUCUAUAUAAUAUGCUAUUUCUUUGUUUUGUGUUAUGUGGUGUCGGAUUUGAAAAGAGAAGUUUAGUGGACUGUGCGCAAUCGGAUCACAAUUCUUCUUUUUCUUUAUACUCCACGCCUGGGAACAGUAAGAUACGAUUCUAUGUAUUUAUAAGUCAAGAUUAUUUUUAUGGGUAUUGUAGCCUCAGCAGUUUUUGAUUUUCGCAUUAGUUGCUGUAUACUAAAUUAAAUUGAGAGAAAAUUGAGCUUCUAAUUUGAAACGAAUCAUUCAUGCAUGCUAUGUCUCU